CACCAAAAUCACAUGACCACCACCCUUAUCGUCCGACUAUAAAACAGACCUGUCUUUCCCUUACAGCUUUGCCCAUACAUCAGUGUAAAGCCUUAACUCGCCGAAACUACCAAGAUGGAUCCCUCAUUCUUAGGCACCUGGGAAGUUGACAACUCUAAGACCACUGGUCUGGAAGAGUUCGGGAAAACCAUGGGUUUCUCCGAGGAGAAGAUCGAGAAAUACAGACAGCUGAAAUACGCUCUGACCAUCAGCCUUGAUGGCGACAAGUACAAAAUCGAGAUCGACUUCAAAGGCGCCGUCCCAAACACGAUCUAUGAGGUCAAAUUGGGGGAGGAGAUCGAUUACAAAUCAAUCGAUGGGUACACAGCUAAGCUCACCCUGACUGUCGAAGACGGUAAAUCGGUCGAGUCAUAUUUCUACGCCGAGAAGGAACUGAGAUGGACCGUCACACGAAGCGUGGAGGGUGACGUCAUGAACGCUGUGACCAAGUUGGGCGAUGCUGUCCUCUCACAAGUUUUGAACAGAGUUUAGUCCCUUUGAUGUUUUUUUUUUCAACUGUUCACAACACGAAGAUGGCGGCGCUAGGCUCCAAUUUAAAAUGUUUGGUGUUUAGUGUCCGUUGUCUUUGUGAAUGUAAUACAAGAACACAGUUUUUAUUAAAUUAAAAAACGAC